UACAAAAAUGACGUCGCUGUAGGCAGCCACACGUACUGCAAGCACCGCAUAAAUAAAGAUGGUGCCUCUUCCUCAAACUUCCUCACUUUGCAAGUGAAACAAACAACUCUUAUAAAUAAUAUUAAAGGUUCUCUCUCUCUCUAUUUCUCUUGUGGUAAGAAACAAAACAAGUAGAGAUCUCUUUCUGUCUAUCUAUCUUUGUGUUCUUCUUGUUCUAUGAUAAAACGAUCUCGAGUAUCCCAAAGAGCAAGAUGUCUAUAAGAAAAAUCUACCGAUGUCUAAAUUCUUUAAUCAAAAGAUCAUGUGCUCAGUCUCUAUGAUCAUAUAUAUAAGUCCCAUUUCACACUUUUUUCAACUCUCAGGUUUUCAAUAUUUUAUCAUUGUUCUCUACACAACCCCUUUGUUUUCGAUCGAAUCACUAGCUCAAAAAAGCUGAGAUUCUUUGAACAAUCAAGAAAUCAAGAAUCAAGAAUGGUGCGGACACCAUGUUGCAGAGCUGAGUUAGGGUUAAAGAAAGGAGCAUGGACUCCCGAGGAAGAUCAGAAGCUUACCUCCUACGUUAACCGUCACGGUGAAGGUGGCUGGCGAACUCUCCCCGAAAAAGCUGGACUCAAGAGAUGUGGCAAAAGCUGCAGAUUGAGAUGGGCCAAUUAUCUAAGACCUGACAUCAAAAGAGGAGAGUUCACUGAAGACGAGGAACUUUCAAUCAUCUCUCUUCACGCUCUUCACGGCAACAAAUGGGCUGCAAUAGCUCGUGGAUUACCAGGAAGAACCGAUAACGAAAUCAAGAACUACUGGAACACUCAUAUCAAAAAACGUUUGAUCAAGAAAGGUGUUGAUCCGGUUACUCACAAGAACAUAUCAGAAAAUUUGCAGGAUAUUCUGGAGAAACGAAACAUUAAUCAGACAAUUAUAACGAGUGAUGAUGAUCUUGAUCAUAACAAGAAGAUGGAGAAGUCGGCUAGGUUCUUGAACAGAGUAGCUAAUAGGUUCGGAAAGAGAAUCAACCAGAGUGUUUUGUCUGAAAUUAUCGGUAGUGGUGGCCCACAUGCUACUAUUACUAAUAACACUACUACUAUUACUACAAGUGUCACCGUUGACUCCAAAUCUGAUAAGUCAACGAGCUCUUCCUUCACACCAACCUCGAAUCUUCUCAUGACCGCUAACGGUAACGCUACGUCGUCUCCGUCCACAUUUUCUGAGUCAUCCAUUAACGAUCGAUUAAUGUACUGGGAUAAGGAAGAUGAUAUCGGAUUCUCAACAUUUCUGAAUGAUGAAGAUUUCAUGGUGUUGGAAGAGUCUUGUGUUGAGAACACUGAGUUCAUGAAAGAGCUUACGAGGUUUCUUGGGGAGGAUGAGACGGACAACGUAGAAAUGAUGCCCGUCUAUGAGCAUCAAGACAGUUUUGAAGAUAUUGAUAACUAUUUUGCAUGAGUGAAUCUUCUGAUAAACCCAACAUGAUCAUUUCAAUAUGAUCCUGUGAUAGAUGAUGAUGAUGAUAAGUGAUGUUGAACCAUGCAUGGAGCUUGUGUUGUCAUAUGUACGUGUCUUUUUGGUGUGUUUUUCCUUCUUUUUUUUUGUUUUGUUUUACUCUUCUGUAAGUUUGGCCUCAAGUGUGUUUCGUUUAUGUAGUGGUUAAAUAUAGUGAUGUUAAUAAUAUUACAUUAUUUUA